UGUGAAACUGUGAAUUAGUAGAUUAUGAAUGGACACAAACCUAUCUAUUCGGGUUUUGUCGUUAGUUCGACAUUUCUAUUUUGAAUGUCACAAUUUCUCGAUUUGUUUUUUUUGUGAGUGUUAAAUUUAGGGGCUGUGUUUUGUUUGUUUUACCUCAUCUCAAGUUUACAUUUCUGUAUCUGUAGAUUAUUCUGGUUGUGAGUACUUUUUUGGAUACUCUUUAGUGCAAGAAUCUCCAAAAUUUAAGGUGAUAAAUGAAAUAAUAUAGUGGGUUUAAAUGUUCAAGAUGCGGAGGUUUUGAUUAAAUCAUAUAUUAUAUUAAGAGUUUCAACUAGUAACUUGAGAUCUUAGUUCGAGUUGGCAAUUUAACAUGGUAUCAGAUCUGGAUCUCAGCUUCUUCGUGAGAUCUAUCGAGUUUGACACUUUAAUCCCAGUUGUUAGCCCCAGAUCUAGAGUUUAAAAAGGAUAGAAGAGAAGCGAGGCCUCCCCAGUUGUGCUUUUUUAUUCAUUUAUUGAAGAAGGAUGAGAAGCAUGGAGAAAUUUUGUUUGAUAUACGACAUGUUCUAUGGUUUUGUGGACUCAUUUGGUGAUGCAAAGUUUAGAUGAAAUUGGAUGUUCAAUCUAUUGAGAUUCGAGUUUUUUGUGAUUAAUUGAGGGGUUUUUUUGAAAGGGAGCGACAUGGAUGAGAAGAUGGGUAGAGUUUCAGUUUCUGGGGUUAACCAUGCUGUUAAGCAGAAGUUUGUCUUCGGAAAAUACCCGGAGAAAGAAUGGUUGAUGAAGCUGAAAGCCUUAGCUGUUAAUCAUCACACACCAGGAAUUACCACCAAUUCUAUUAGACCUUUGUGGGAUCAGACUCUUCGAGUACGAGAAUUCAUGGCUCUGACUAAUUUUCCACAGAGAAAGCGAAAAGUGCAGCAGUUUCUAAAAGGUAAUGAGAAACGUGAGGCUCAGAAGUUAUGCGAUGAACAAAGAGAAGCAGAAUAUGUAAGAGGACAGUUAUUGCGAGCCUCUUCUGCUUCUUGUGUGCAUAAAUUAAAUAUGACUGAUUCAAUUGAAAACUUACACAAAAGAAUCCACUUGAACUCGCUUAGCUCAGGUAGUCUAUUGACAUCAAAGGAUAAUAUUGAGAGCCUACCUUAUGUAAGCUGCAUUAUGGACAAUGUCAAAGACUGGUAUCACUCAAAGAAGAUAACUUCUCUUAUAGUUGACAUUACUGGGUCAAUCUACACCUCAAAUCCUGUUACUCCCGAACAUAUAAAUCUCCAGGAACAACAAUCACUGCAUUUGGAGAAAGGUCGAAAUUCCUUAAAUUUGGAAGAAGCCAGAUAUGAUUGCCUACCUUCACGAUCAAACAGGUUAGUUGAUUUUUUCGGCUAUCAGAUCAAGAGGAUGGCUGUUCCAGUUGGGCAGCACUUUCAGGCUGACGUUUCUGAAUGGAAUGGACUAUCUGUAAAUAGUGAUUUUGAUAACUCAAGGUGGUUGGGCACAAAAGUCUGGCCUAUUAAAAUGCAAAAUGUGAAAGCUACUUCAAGAUCAGUUGGUAAAGGGAGGCCAAGCUCCUGCUCUUGUGCCUCCCCAGGAUCGACCAACUGUAUCAGGCACCAUAUUCUUGAAAAAAGACGGCUUUUGCAAUCUGAUCUUGGCCCAGUGUUGCACAUUUGGAAGUUCGACGAGAUGGGGGAAGAAGUUUCCAGGUCAUGGACAGUGAAGGAACAAGAAGGCUUCGACUUGAUAGCAAAAAGAAAGUCCAGCAGUAGUAAUUUCAUACAGAAUGCUAUGAAAUUCUUCCCGUCCAAGUGCAAGGAAGACAUUACUAGGUAUUACUUUAAUGUCUUCAUCCCUAGAUUCAUGAGUUCUCAGGCCAGGUCGUUACUAAAAGAAGUUGAUAUUGAUAUUGAUGAUGUGGAUGAUGUGUAUACGCUCAAUUGGAGGAGAAGUCAUGAAGAUAGAAGUAGAAGUUAUCAACGCAGUUGUAAAGAUGUGAUAUCUAAAUAGUUGUCACUGUUGUUUAUUCGUCUACUCUUUCAAGGUUUCAUCUGUCAAAUACAUGGGGCUGGCAAGUGGGGUUGCCCAUGGAAGUAUCCUGUUUUAUGCUGUGACACUAAUUGAAGUUGAUCCUCUCAAAUGAUUAUGUUCAUCUUCCCCCCUUGCGUUUCUAGAACAUGCUUUUCUGAUACCCUUUUAGUACUAAAAUCAAAUCUACUUGGAAACGCGAGGAAGCUUUUUGGCUGAUAUAUGUAGACUUAUUAGUUAUUAGCCUUCAUGAAGUUGGUUCCUCAAUAUCACUGCUUCUUACUGUUUUUUUUUCCACAUCUUUUCUGAUGUUAACUCAUAUUAAACUUUAUACUUAAUUCACCAAGUGAUUGGAAGGUUUUGGUCAUCUCUACCUCAUCUCCAAAAAAAGCCUGAUCCUAUACGACAAUGUAAAGUUUUUUCCCUCGACAUCACAUGGAUUUCACAUUCCGGAUGGCGAAACAAACCAGAGACUAGUUCUUUCGGAAACGUGAACGCCCAACGUGAAAGAUUUGUAACUUGCAAAUCACCUCAACUUCUUUCAAGAACAUGAGCGCCCAAAGUGAAAGGUUUAUAACUUGCAAAUCACCUCAACAUGUCAAGCAUCUGGGAUUCGUUGGAAAUUUUCUUAGGAGACAUUUCCUAAAUGUGUGUCAUUGAUGUGUAUUUCUCAAGAACAAAUUGGACACAUGUAAUUCUCAGAAAUCAUCUUAAAAUUGUUUGUUUGUGUUUGUUGUGUA